UCCCAAAGGUUAGUUGGACAGCACCAUUGAAAUGAGGGAGAGAACUGAAACCAAAUCUCCAUGAUCAUCAAAACCAAGUUCCCAUUCUCACCUUCUUCCACUCCUUCCACACUCACCAAUCUCACCCUCCAACUUCCCCCAACCACCACAAGAUCAAGAGUUGCAGAACAAACCUGCUUAACUCUCCUCAACUCCUGCACCACCCUCACCACUCUCACCCAAAUCCACACCCUCAUCCUCAAACUCGGCCUCAUCAACAACCCACUCGUUCUCACCAAAUUCGCCGCCACCUCCUCCACCUUCAACGCCAUUCACUACGCCACCUCCUUCCUCUUCUCCGAUGACCCAACCACCGCGCCUCGCGCUUCCUCCUUCGAUGCCUUCCUCUUCAACACGCUCAUCAGGGCCUUCGCUCAUACCCCUCAGUCGAAGUCCAGUGGGUUGCAGUUGUACCGGACAAUGCUACGUUACGGCGUCGUGCCCAACAAGUUUACUUACCCGUUUGUGCUCAAGGCCUGCGCUGGACUCAGUGAUUUGCGGCUCGGGAAGGCGGUUCAUGGGUCUGUUGUGAAGUUCGGGUUUGAUGACGAUCUUCAUGUACAGAACACCAUGAUUCACAUGUAUUGUUGCUGUUGUUGUGGUUCUGGUGAAGGUAAAGAAGAGGGAGAAGGGGUUGAGCUUGCAGGCAAGGUGUUUGAUGAAAGUCCUAAGACGGAUUCGGUGACGUGGAGUGCUAUGAUUGGUGGGUACGCGCGUCGCGGACAUUCUUCGCGGGCCGUUGGGUUGUUUCGUGAGAUGCAAGUUAUGGGUGUUUGCCCUGAUGAGAUUACCAUGGUUUCUGUUUUGACUGCAUGUGCUGAUUUGGGUGCACUUGAACUGGGGAAGUGGUUGGAAUCUUAUAUUGAGUGGAAAAAGAUACCAAAGUCCGUGGAGCUCUGUAACGCGUUGAUAGACAUGUUUGCCAAGUGUGGUGAUGUUGAUAAAGCUAUGAAUCUGUUUCGACAAAUGGACUCGUGCACCAUAGUUUCAUGGACUUCAGUAAUUGUUGGUCUUGCAAUGCACGGUCGUGGGUCAGAGGCUGUUUCCUUAUUUGAUGAGAUGGUUGAACAAGGAGUGGAACCUGAUGAUGUUUCUUUCAUUGGGGUGCUCUCUGCAUGUUGUCACUCCAAGCUAGUUGAUAAAGGACGUAGUUAUUUCAAUUCAAUGGAAGGGAAUUUCGGCAUUGUGCCAAAGAUAGAACACUAUGGAUGCAUGGUGGAUUUGUUGAGUAGAGCUGGAUUUGUCAAAGAGGCAUUAGAUUUUGUCCGAACUAUGCCUGUUGAGCCAAACCAAAUCAUCUGGAGAAGCAUAAUCACUGCAUGUCAUGCACGCGGGGAACUCAAGUUAGGGGAGAGCAUCUCGAAAGAGCUACUGAGAAACGAGCCAACGCAUGAAUCGAACUAUGUUCUGCUCUCAAACAUUUAUGCGAAAUUGCGACGGUGGGAGCAAAAGACCAAGGUGAGGGAGAUGAUGGAUAUGAGAGGGAUGAAGAAGGUUCCAGGGAGCACCAUGAUUGAGCUGAACAACGAAAUGUGCGAGUUUGUCGCUGGAGAUAAGUCACAUGAUCAAUACAAGCAAAUAUAUGAAAUGGUGGAUGAGAUGGGAAGGGAAAUUAAGAGGGCAGGGUAUGUUCCUACAACAUCUCAGGUUUUACUUGACAUUGAUGAAGAAGAUAAAGAAGAUGCUUUGUAUAAGCACAGUGAAAAGCUUGCAAUAGCUUUUGCUCUUCUGAACACGCCCCCUGGAACACCAAUCAGAAUUGUGAAAAACUUGCGCGUUUGUGAAGAUUGUCAUUCUGCUACUAAGUUCAUAUCUAAGGUUUAUAACCGAGAGAUUGUGGUCAGGGACCGCAAUCGCUUCCACCAUUUCAAGAAUGGUUUGUGUUCAUGCGGAGACUUCUGGUAACAAAUUGAUUACGGCAUCAAAGAUUCUCUGUUCAUGUGCUGAAAGUUUCAAUAUUAAUAUACUGGGUAGCAUUCUCAAAGUAUCAAUUUUGUGGAGGGAUUCAAUCAUGUGCUUUACUAAUGUUUGAAAUUUGUUAGUUUGUUCAACUGAUGUAAAACAUGGAUGUUGUCCUCGGUCGGUGGCUCUUCCCUUCACAAAUAUAAAUGAAGGCUAUGGAGAGUUUUGGUCGCCAAAUUUUCAUUGUUAGUGAAAAG